AUGUCUAGCCAUCUCUCACAGCCGCCAAACGCGGUCUCGCGCCCGGAGCCCGACGAUGGCGACGGCGACGACGCGGAGAGUGUUGUGAGCGAACGCAGCGUCGAGGCUUCUACGCUUGAUUCUGAUUUCUGGGAGGCCCUGCAGGUCUUCGAGACGCCGGGCUAUCUUACAUCCUACUUUACGCUACCCGACCUUUCUCGCAGCGGCCUUUCUGUAUACCACGUUGGUGAUAUUGCUCUGCCGCUUGGUGAGAUACAAGCGCGCCAGAUUAUGGGCCAAGCUAAGCGAUACAAAAGUCUCGGUCACAAUGAUCCGUGGAAGCUGGAUCCCACACAGUUCAAAUUGGAUUACAGUGUGUGGGGAAGCCGCCUUAAAGCCUUAUAUAGACACAUUGCUCCUGGUCUUGGCUACUUUGGCCAGGACUGGAUAGACACGACUUGCGCAACGCCCAGCGCAGUGCUCCUUUUGGAAAAGGGAUGCACUGUUGAUUGUCAUUAUCUUCCGAACGGGGCGGGACAUAUCAUGAUAUAUCUUACCUCCGCAGAUCACCAGGGCGGCGAGAUUGUAGUCAAGCUUCGCGGUCAAGAAAAGACUGUUUUCAAUCCCAGUAAGACGGAAGAGCAUUUUGCUUCCUGGUAUCCGGAUUCUAAACCGCAGCCCGUCAAAUCAGGAUACGCCCUGGUUAUAGUCUUCAGCUGCGUUCCGGUAAGGAGCGAUAUAGGUGAAUCUGCUCUCUUGGUUCGGGAUGAAACGCGAGCAAUCCGCCAUACUCUCAAGCGAUGGCUUGCUGGAAAUGUUGAAUCUCGUGGGAGGAAUGCCCUUUAUUACCCGUUCGAACGUGACUAUAAGGGGCGCAAGCUACGUUUCAGAGAGCUGACACAUGGGGAUGAAGGCCGGAUUCAGGUUCUUAAAAGAUUAUCUGAAAAACUUGCCUUCAAAUUGUACCUUGGGCACAUUGAACAAGAGCAGAAGAAGCUUGAAAAUAGUGACAGUUAUGAAGAGAUAAAAGGAGGCGCUUGCAUCACAAAGCUGGUAGACCUGGAUGGGCGUUUCGUGACUAAAAGUCUCAACCUUGACAAGGCCCACGUCCGUGAAGGGUUCUUCGAUGGUAUUAAAUGGGAAUCUGAAGAACAAGGUGCCCCAUCUUUGAUACGAAAAGGUCGUAUGACAUUCUUUGUCGUUGUCCCUUCCGACGCGAUAUUACCAUUUUUCCUCCAGCGUAGCAGCGACAAUUCUCCUCCAGCAGUGGAACAAAUCCCACAGCUACUUGGCUACUAUGCCAGAACCUGCGUAUCUAAUCAGCACUCGAAGAGUUCGCUUUCCACGUUCAAAGAACUAUGUGAGCUUAUGUGGGACUCAUCUGAUAGAGAGAAGCAAAUCAAGUCUUUAAAGAAGCCAGUAUUCCAGAACAAUGACCUCAGUGACGUUCUGAGAGCCACAAUCCAGUUGAAGUGGUACCCAUGGUUUGAGAAAAUAGCUGCUGCCCAUGAGGGAUCUUUGCCAACGUCUUUCUUCAACUGGGUGCCUGAGCAUUUCCACAACAGCACUAGAAACAUUGAUAAAUGGUUUAGGCCACUCGAGAAAGGGCUGUCUGCCGCGGUUCUCUCUUACCCCCGACCCAAGCAGCAAGUCAGAGCGGUAGAGACUUUGUUUCCCAUUCUCAUAGCAGACUCAGGCCGGCUGGUCCCCUUCCCCCCUGAAUCCCUCAUUCGCUGGGCUCGCCAAGUUCUGCAAGAGUCUGUCAAAACUUGUGGGUCUAAAAAGCUUGACCGAAGAGAUGGAGAAGCAUUAGUUAAGCUUUCUUUGUACUUUGACGAUCCGUUUGCUAUUAUAUCGCAAGUACAGAGUCAAAUUGAUCCAGGAAAUAAACCCGACGCAUUCGUUGGGUUUAUGAGUGAAAUAGACCUUUUCGGCCGCUAUGACUACAUAUCGUACGAAAAGUCACAGGAAUUGUACCGGAAGGCUUCCAAGGCUUUUAUAACUUCAACAGCAUUUACACAGAUGCAUGGUAUGGAGAAAGAUGAGAGUACUGGGACCAAUUUCCUCAGCCGGCUUGGUGAAUUUGUUUUUGGCGAGCCCAUGGACGCAAAUGAGUCCGAUGAUGGUGGCUCCGAUGACGAUUUCGCAUGGCCUUCCGACGAUGAAGAUUACAUGUUUGACCCUCAUAUGGACCUAGAUGAGCCUAACUUUGAUCCCUUUGGAUACCAUGUGCAUAACCGCCAAGCAUACCAACAAUACGAACAAUAUGCAUCGCUGGGUGGCAGGGCAACGACUGAGGUUGAGGGAACGCAAAUCCACUACACGGCUCUCAGCUUUUGGAUACAGAAAACCAUGGAUAUAAGCACAAAGGACGACGACAUAUUCACACUAGCUCUUUCCAAGAUGGGUGAGGUGGCACCGCAGAUAUCCAUCGCUGACUUUCACACUUUGUGGAUUCCUGUUCUGAAGGGAAUGGCGCCCAAAAUGACACGUCUCAUUCUCGAGAAGUCCAAAGAUCCCAACACACUGCUUUGGCGCAAAAAUAAUUAUACCUUGAUCAAAGCCUAUCUCGAUAUAUAUGUGGGGCAGUGGCCCCGGCGCCCUAGUCUCGCGCAAGACGGAGUUGACUGCAGCUGUGCCGAUUGUAAGGGGCUCAGUGUCUUUUUGGCCGAUGCCUCACUGAAAGUCGGUCAUUUUUCUGCAAAUAAGCGGCGGUGCAAACAUCUCAUAGAAGAACUUUGCGCAGCCAACGCCGACGUUUACACUGAGCGCAUGAAUUUCGAGGGGUCACCUAAGAAGCAGAAGUUGACCGUGACAAAGUCCCGGACGAAAAUGCUUUCGCGGUAUCGUCAAGCGUGGCGAGAACGACGGAACGAAGCAAGCAAGCAUCUGGGGAGCUUUGAGCAGAAGCAUCUCGCAGCCUUGCUGGGGCCCGAAUGGAUGACGCUUUUCAGCAUGGCCCAUCUUGGAGGCCCUAGCCUGAGUGAUAAGGAUAUGCGGAAGGCCUUGAGGAUGAAGACGGAAAGAACAAGCACACCCAAGGCGCCUCCGUUUUUGGAACCCUCGACCAUAGCCAUGUUUUUUGGGGGGCUUCCGGCUAUGAGUAUGGAGGAGGAGUUUCUUUGA